AUGGAGGUUGCAUAUCGUAUUCGUUUGACGGCAAUUUUAGAUGUGACUCAUUUUCUCUUGAAGCAAGGUUUACCUUUCCGUGGAAAUUAUGAGUCUUCAAAUUCACUAAACAAAGGCAAUUUUCUUGAGUUGCUUGAUUGGUAUAGCCUACAAAAUUUAGAAGUUUGGAAGAUAGUCAAUCAAAAUGCCCCUGGAAACAAUCAAUUGACUUCCCCGAAAAUUCAAAAGGAGUUGGCAAAUGCUUGUGCAACGGAGAUUACACGUGUUAUUGUUGAUGAUAUUGGGGAUAAUUAUUUUUCUCUUAUGGUUGAUGAAGCCCAAGAUGCUUCAAUAAAGCAACAAAUGGGAGUUGUUUUACGAUAUGUGAAUAAGAAUGGACAUGUGAUAGAGCGAUUCCUUGCAUUGGUGCAUGUGUCUGAUACCUCUGCAAUUUCUUUAAAGAAUGCCAUUGAUUAUUUAUUUGCUAAACACAAGUUGUCUCUUUCGAGGUUAAAAGGGCAAGGAUAUGAUGGGGCUUCAAAUAUGCGAGUGGUUAUUGCGGUUUCUAAAGAGAAUCGAAUUGUGAGUGAUUUUUUCCAAUAUGUUAAUAUGAUUGUUAAUGCCACCGGAGCAUCAUGUAAAAGUAGAGAUCAACUUCGGCAACAUCAUCAUGAUAGAUUGGUUGAGCAAUUGGAGAAGGUGGAGAUAGUCAGUGGUAACGGAAAAAAUCAAGAAUCCAGUUUAGCACGACCUGGGGAUACUCGUUGGGGAUCUCAUUACACUACAAUUCUCCAGCUAAUUUCUAUGUGGACCUCAAUUUUAGAGGUACUCCAAAAUGUGCAUGAUGAUGGGGCUUCUAGUAAUAAUAGAGGCAUAGUCGCAAGUUUGAUUGACAAAAUGGAGAAUUACCAGUUUGUAUUUGUGAUGUACUUGAUGAGGUGUUUAUUGGGGAUGACAAAUGGGUUGUCACUUGCGUUACAACAAAAAGACCAAAAUAUUGUUCUAGCCAUGCGAUUGAUUGAAGCGGUGAAAGCUCGUCUUCAACACUUUAGGGAGACAGGAUGGGAUGAGUUUUUGGGAGAAGUUAUCUCUUUUUGUAAGGGGAACUCAAUCGAUGUGCCUAAUAUGGAGGAUAAUAUGCCAAUUCAUGGUCGUUCUAGGCGGGAAGGACAAUUCAUUACUCAUUUUCACCAUUAUCGUGUAGAGAUUUUUUGUGAGGUUAUUAAUUUGAUUUCUCUAGAAAUGCUCAACCGCUUUCCUGAAGCUAGCACGGAGUUACUUCUUUUGGUAUCAUGCCUUGAUCCUAGAGACUCAUUUUCUAAAUUCAACAUCCAUAAGCUACUCCGUCUUGCAGAGUUGUACCCUGAAGACUUCUCAGUGACUGAACGUAUGAUGCUUGAGGAUCAACUUGCUACUUUCAUUUAUGAUGUGCGACAUGAUGAUGAUUUUGCAAAUAUCGGGGACUUGGGAGGUUUUCCUAUAAAGAUGGUUGAUACUAGCAAAUGUACUAUUUUUCUCCUCGUUUAUCAUCUUAUUGAGCUGGCAUUGGUUUUGCCAGUUGCGACAGCUAAUGUUGAGAGGGCAUUUUUGGUGAUGAAUAUUGUGAAAACUGACUUGCGCAACAAAAUGGGAGACGAGUGGAUGCAUGAUAGCAUGAUUGUAUAUAUUGAGAAAGAGGUUUUUGCAACUAUUGACAAUGAGGCUAUCCUACAAUGUUUUCAAAAAAUGCAAACUCGCCGUAUUCAGUUACCUCCUCUAAGUAGCAUGCGUCGCACAGAUGGCAAUUCUAAUUCGAGUGUGCAUAGAUAA